GUAACACAACGUCGCCAUUCAAUGUGACGUCAGUUACACGCGCCGCAAGGAAGCGGUCAGGUUGCUGUCGUGCACGUUGUGGCAUAAACUGGCCGCCUGUGAACUGAGGGCUCAAACUUCCUGACGCGAACUCGAAAUGUCGGUAUCGGAAAUGUUCAGCUACAUCCAGGGUUUUCUGAGCGCUGACCAGGACGUCAGAGAGGAUAUUCGGAAGGUGGUCCAGGUCCUGGAGCAGACCGCCAGGGAAAUCCUUACAGUGCUCCAAAGUGUCCACCAACCAUCUGGAUUUAAAGAGAUUCCUGAGAAAUGUUCAAAAGCCAGAGAGUUGUUUUGCGCCGUCAGGACGCAGAUAUCAGAGCUGAAGACUAAAUUUCCAUCUGAACAGUAUUACAGGUUCCAUGAGCACUGGAGGUUCGUUCUGCAGCGGUUGGUGUUCCUGGCUGCAUUUGUGGUCUACUUGGAGACUGAAACUCUGGUGACAAGGGAGCAAGUAGCCCAGAUUCUGGACAUUUACGUGUUGAGGGAACAGGGCUUCCACCUGGAUGUUGAGGACUACCUGGCAGGUGUGCUGAUCAUGGCCAGUGAGUUGUCCCGAUUAGCCGUCAACAGCGUGACAGCGGGCGACUACAUGCGGCCUCUCCGGAUCUCCAACUUCAUCAACGAGCUGGACUCUGGCUUUCGUCUGCUCAACCUGAAGAACGACCCCCUGCGCAAACGCUACGAUGGCCUCAAGUACGACGUGAAGAAAAUUGAGGAGGUGGUCUACGACCUGUCUAUCCGAGGGCUCGCCAAAGACAGCGAGCACAGUGGAGACAAGUAGAGGCCGCUGGGGAAGAGGAAGCGGUUGGAUUUCCCAGUCUGGACCUCGGUUCAGAGGCUGGAUGGCUUCAUGGGGGAGGUCAGUCCAGCGUGACAACUAAGACACUGUGUGUCACAGAUCAACUUUCUUCUUCUACUAAGUCCCAUUUGUCGUUUUCUUUUUUGGUGGUUUUUGCAAAAGGUUUUUUUUUUUUUUUUUUUUUUUUUUUUUUUGAGUAUUGUUAUUAUUAUUUUGAUAUUUCAAGCACCUGAGCCAGAAUUUGCUCAAGUACUUUGUCUGUUCAUUUGAGGUCAGUAACUCAGUGGUUUGAUGUCAGUCACUGAAGUUUAAAACAAAAAGACUCUGGCCUUCUCAAGUCUUCGGUUGCAUUUUUGCCAAAAGUUUUUAUGAUCCUAAUGGAGGUUGUGCUCGGGGUUGCCAAAUUGUUUCUAUUUCAAGUGAAAAUAGCAAAUUAUUAUUGAGACAUUUUACAGUCAAUAUUGAGUUGUUUUUAGAACACUGUGAUGCUCGCAGAAAGCUAUGAUUUUUUUUUUUUUUUUGGUGGACAAUAUUGGAAUAUUGGAAGUCAUUGUCCUUCAAAAUUGAGCGUAUGCAGUGGACCAUUCUUUGUUCAAAAGGAACAUCUGUUUUGAGAAGCCAUUAGGUAUUGUCUAUAAAUUUGUGAAGAUAUGCAAUUUAUUCAGAGAAUAUCUCGGUGCUGCUCUCAUCAGUGACGUUUUGUAUCCAAACAACAUGAAUCUCCAAAAUCUACGUUCUCAACAAUGUAAGGAAAACAAAUCGUUAUGUUUCAAUUUGUUUCUGUUGUUGAGUAUAUGGCAAGCGUGAUAUUGAGCCAAAGACACGAUAAGGAUGCACUAUUUAUAAUUUACUAAUUAAUCUGUUCAACAUUUUUGUGUUAUGUUGGGUUGUGCACGUGAUGUUCCAGUUGUAUUUCUGUGUCCCUCUUCUCUUCUGACUGUAGUUUCAGUAUUUUUUUGCAGUGAAAUUGACAUUCCUUGUGUUUCCUCAUCUGUUCUGAACAUAAAACAGUAAACACAUUUGUAAGUUUUUGUUGUCCCAACAAACCCCACCACACACUUAAAUGUUUAAAAUCUUUUAAUAUAAUUCACAUUAUAUUACAGAUGUAAGAUGUAAGUAACACAGCAGAUGUUGGUGUGGAGGAAGCCGUUCUGUCCUCCAAAACACAGUGAUUUUGCUACCUUAAAUAAUAUUCUGAACAGUG